AUGGUGUGUCAUAGUGAAAAUAUGCUCAUAGAUUUUCCCAUUACCGAAUUGGUCAACCUGGAAGAUAUAAAUGUGGGAGGUCUCUAUGGAAUAUAUGAAAGGAAUACGAACCCUGUUUCUAUGUGCUCGGAGGAAUUAAAUUAUUUAUCCAUACUUAAAGCUUAUAGUAUGGUUUACAUCAUCGAGAUGCUAAAUAAAAAUUUAUUCCUACCCUCUCAUAAUAUAAGUAUCGGUUAUUACAUUCUGCCUACAUGUUCUCAUGUUGGAACUGCCCAAAUUCAGAGCAUAAUUCAAAACAUAAUCAGAAACAAAAUUGGUUUGCCAGGAUUAAUCGGACCACUCAAAAGUCUAAGCGCCUAUUACGUAUCGCCAUUAUUAUCAUAUUACCGAUUACCGCACAUAAGCCCUGAGGCGAGUUCAGUAGAACUCAAGGGACAAAAAUUCAAUUAUCUAUUCCGAAUAACCUCAAAUCAAAUAUUGUAUCUCAAUGCCUUACUCAGUUUACUUAGACUCUUUCAAUGGAGUGAAGUAGCCAUAAUUUAUUCAUCCACGCCAUAUUUUGCCUGGUUCAGGGAUCAAUUAAAUGCUGCAACUACUCGCGAAAAGUUUUGCAUUUGGCAUGAAAUCGAAAUAGAAACUUUUAAUGUCAAUAUGUCGAAGGCAUCCUUUGAAGCUUUGGUGAAUAAAACAAAAGCAAGAGUUAUUUUUUUAUUCCUUCACGAUUAUCAAUUUGGCGAUGUCUUAAAAUCAAUACAUUCCAUAAAUUCAGAUCCAGAUUUUAUAUACAUAGGGAUUGAUACUUGGCCAUCGACAGAACAGUUAGUAAGGCUGGGCUUAGCAAAAAUGGUCGAAGGAGCAAUAACUGUUUUUCAGUUUGGUAGUGAUUCAGCCAAUUAUUCUUCUUGGUUGCUAAACAAGGAUAAAAUUAUUGAUCCAUAUCAUCCAUGGUUUAAUAGCAUUAGGAAUAGGCUUUUAAAUCAUGAAAACGAUACCCUGUUAAAUUUAAACACAAGUAAUGGUAUUAAAUUAGAUAAGAGAAUUUCUCUAAGUAUGGAUGCCACCAUGGCUUUAUUGUUUUCUAUUGAUGAUCUUAUAAGGAAAAAAUGUUCUAAUAUUAAUAAAAGCCAAUUAAAAAAUUGCAUAAUUGAUAACAAUUUAAAGCCCUAUCUUCUAAAUGUCUCAUUUUAUGGAAUGUCAGGUAAAAUUGAUUUUAAUUCGGAUCGAUCAGUAAAUAACCCAUUAAGAAUUGGUAACUUUCUAAAAUUCAAUAGUCGUUACGAUUUAUAUACGGUAGGAAGUUAUGAGUCUAACAAGGAAAAUGGGAGUCAAUUAAAAUUGAUUUCGAAUUUCACAUGGAGAAAUUAUACAUACUACAAUAAUCUAACGGCACCAACUUCACGUUGUUCUGCACCAUGUCAAAUAAAUGAAUACAAAAUGUCAACCUCAAGUAAAUGCUGUUGGACAUGUCGCACCUGUAACGAAAGAAGUAGUAUUUUUACGCCACAAUAUCAGUUAAGAAUGAAUAAUUUCCGGAGGUGCUUAUCCUGUCCGAGCUACAAAUGGCCCAGUUUAAACAGAACCGUAUGUAUCAACAUGCCAAUUAUUAAUAUCAGACACUACACUAAUUAUUGGAAAUUAAUAAAUGUUAUCGCUUUUAUAGGGAUCCUUUUUGCUAUUACUAUGGUCAUAUUCUAUAUACAAAAAUAUCAAUCUACCCCGUUCAAAUUAGAAUUUCGAUCUUUAUUGUAUUUGCAAUACGUGGGAAUAUUUUUUGGAUUUAUAUCUGCAUUUCUUGUAACUAGUCCUCAGCCGGAUAAACCUAAAUGUGGGAUCGCAUUAUCUUUGUUCUUGUUAUCAGUUUCCCUGAUUUUUGGUUCUUUAUCAAGUAAACAGAAUAUAAUAGUUAAACGAUUAAGAAUUAACAAACCGGGAUUCAAGGAUAUUAAAUAUGAAAAGCGCGCACUUAUCACUGCCAUUCUAAUAUGUUCCGUUCAGCCUCAUAAAAAUGAUAGCAUACGGGUCAUGGAACCCAUUAGUGGAAAUAACGAUUGGAAUAAAGGUAAAUCUGAAAAGUCCUGGUACUUUCUAAUAUUUUAUCUUGAGUUGGAGGAAAAUUGGGUGAUACAAAUUUUUGUGGUGGCUUCAUACUUUAUGAUGGGGAACAGUUCUAUAUUACGUGUUGAAAAUUUUACAAAAUAUAUAUCGCGUUCUAAAAACACAAACAAUUCUGAUACGACUCCUCUUGUAAGUGAAUAUUGUUCUCCUUACCCCAUAAAUAAUGGCUUCCUCAUCAUAGAAUUAUGUUUUCAGAUGCUGAUUUUGAUGUAUUUAUGCGCUCAAACCAUCCAGAUAAAUCUAAAAUUCACUCAGUCUGAUAUAAGUACUUCGGAUUCUUCUUUUGAAAUAUAUUCGGAGGAAGUCGAGGACAACCUAAUUGAAUUAGAUUGGUGGGUAAUUACAAAACCAAUAUCCCUACCAAGAUUUAAAAUCAAGAGAUUUCGAAUCCCUACGGAUUACGAAUCCCCAUACGACAUAUAUAUAAGUGUGUGA